UCAGAGAUAUCUUAGUUGGUAAAACAGCAAAUUGUUUUACAGUUUCUCUCAUCGCAUUAGAAUAACUAUUUCAUGACUGUGGAUAUAACUGGGAUUAUUAGACGUCAUCCAUAAUGCCGCGACGUUGUUGUUGUGCUUCGUUCUGCACGACUUGUCUGUUGUGCAGACGUCGAAAACGUUUUGACGAUAACCUUGUUCUAGUGGCAAACGAAAAUAGCUUAGAUUCUUUGGAAGUUACUGAAAAGAAGAAUAGGAAUAAGGUUUCAAAUUUUCAAGGAACAGAUGAGUGUUGUGAUGAAAGCUGUGAUCGUUGUUCACGUGAUUGCGAAGAUGAUUGCAGUGCCUGCGAUGACUCAGAUGUGGAAGACAAGGUAACGGAAAAAAUAACGUCUUUUGGAGUCGAAACGAAUGGAGCAUCACAAAAGUUGAAUCAGGCCGUAGAAAAAGAUUCAAAGUCGACCAAUGUUCCGAAAGAAACUGAUGCAGAAGUGACCGACAAUGGAGGAAAUAGGGACAUGAGUGAUGGCAAGAUGACAAUAACUUCUAACGACCGAGUGGACACUCCUCUUAAGAACUUCAACCGGGACGACUUCGCGACGUACUUGACAACGAAGCUUCAGCGUCACGUAGACCAGCAGUUUGAGGACACGGAACUUGAAGCGCAAAAACUCGACACUAGGGACCAGUACGUGCAAUCGUCCCUGAUCGAUUUAAAUGAAAAUAAUGUUGUAGUCGGGCUUAACGGGGUCAACAAAAACAGUUUUCUCAAUAAAUUCCGAGCCACGCUGUUGGUACGAGGAAAAGAACUUAAAGAUAAAAGUAAUAAAUGGAAAAAACUGUUAAACAAGGAAUCUAAAAACGAGAGGUAUUUCAGAGAUAUUGUGAUGCGUGGAAGAAGUGAACUACUUGAAGGAACGUCGGUCCAUGAAAAGCAACACACCAAACUGGAUGCUGAAACGAGCGUGCGACUGUUGCACGCAGCUCGCGCAGCAGGCAUGAGCGUCGGCGCAGCAGGCGGCGAGCUUGCGCUGCAUUACGCAGCUGCGCGAGGCUGCGCGCAGUGCGUAUUGCUCUUUCCAGGAACACGCACAAAGAAGAACUCUACGCCCACUCCAUUAGCCCGCACAUGUAAUAACUCUUAG